AUGGCCACUACCCAAGUCCCCCCCGCGGUGGGCUCAUCGAAACCACUCGAGAAAAAACCGGUCAAGUUUAGCAAUCUGCUGCUUGGCGCGGGUUUGAAUAUGUUUGAGGUCACGACGCUGGGACAGCCGCUGGAAGUGAUCAAGACGACCAUGGCCGCUAACAGAAACGAUUCGUUCGCUGGCGCCAUGCGUCGGAUUUGGGGUCGUGGCGGAGUACUUGGGUACUACCAAGGUCUCAUUCCCUGGGCCUGGAUUGAGGCGUCUACUAAAGGUGCUGUGCUCCUCUUCGUCGCGUCGGAAGCGGAAUACUACGCCAAAACCUUCGGUUCCAACGACUUCGUCGCUGGCAUUAGUGGAGGUAUGGCUGGUGGCAUCGCCCAGGCCUAUGCAACCAUGGGUUUCUGCACGUGCAUGAAAACCGUCGAAAUCACCAAGCAUAAGCUGGCUGCCUCGGGCAUGAAACCGCCCGGCACCUUCGCGACGUUUAUGGACAUUUAUCGCAAAGAGGGAAUUCGAGGGAUUAAUAAGGGUGUUAAUGCCGUUGCGAUUCGGCAGACGACGAAUUGGGGGUCUCGGUUUGGACUGUCUCGAUUGGCGGAGACGGCCAUUCGUCGUGUUACGGGUAAGGAGGAGAGUGAGAAGCUUAGUGGGGCGGAGAAGGUGCUUGCUUCGGGUCUUGGUGGUGGGUUGUCGGCGUGGAAUCAGCCGAUCGAGGUUAUCCGGGUUGAGAUGCAGAGUAAGACUGUUGAUCCGAACAGGCCUAAGAAUUUGACGGUGGGCAAGACGUUGAAGUAUAUCUAUGAAACCAAUGGGCUGAAGGGUUUGUAUCGUGGCGUUACUCCCCGUAUUGGCCUGGGGAUCUGGCAGACCAUUUGCAUGGUUGCGUUGGGUGAUAUGGCUAAGGAAACUGUCGAGAAAUUGACGGGCGACAAGAUCACCGCCAAACACUAG